AUGACACCCUCUCUGCCGGAACAUGCUGCGGCACGCGAGAUUCCAACGAGCUUCUAUGAUCCCCAGAGGUCGCCUAGAUCAAGUCCCCCGACUAUGAACCAACUUCUGUCACAAUUUGUCCGCCCGAGCCUUCCUCACUUGGCCGACGGUGAACCUGGAUCAUCACCGGACAACCUGAUUGAUCUGGAUGAUAGACCGGAUGAAGAACACGACACGGAAUUUCUCAGUGAAGAUCGAGAAUCAUCACCCCUUGGAGGCGACGCCGAGCGUGAGUGCGAUAGUGAAACUGGUGAUGGAAGGAGCAGGGAGGCAACAUCAAUUCGGGACUUGGAAGGGGAGCCGCAGACGCAGCCACAGUCAGGAUCACAGUCAACAGAAUCCCCUCAGCCAGUAUCAGAGCCAGAGCCAAAGGCAGUCAUUGCAUGCGAAUGCCUCAGCUGUGUUGACAGUGACAAGGAGAAUGUUGAACCAUUGCCACCACAGUUCAUUUCCGGUGCACUGCCAAAUAACAUCUCCGAGGACGGACCCUCAAAAGAAACCCAUGUCAGAGUCGGCGACUCUUUCACACCCCACCUUGAGCCAGACACAAGCAGCCCCCAUAUCCUGCUACAUUGUGAGGCUAGGGAAGAGCAUCUUGAAUUUCUCCUGUGGGCGCCCAUAUGGCAGUCGGAGGAUGAGAUUGCGAAGGUCCAUCCGGAUCAGCUCAAGCGAUACAAGAAGAGGUUGAGCAUCAGGCCUGUAAGAAGAGCCUCUCAGGCGAGAAAUUGCUCUGACUUCCUGCAUAAACAACUUGUAAACACUGAAGAGCUGUGCCAGCUUCUGAAGAAUGCCUGCCACACUAGAAAGGAUUACAUUAUAACUUUCUAA